AUGUCGGAUUCUGAGAUGAGCGAUAGCUAUGGCCGGGCGGAGAAGCGUCGGAAGACGCUGCCCGCGCGAGGCACGCGGGGAAAGCGGAUGGGUGCGGCUAUGGAGGAGGAGGACGAGGCGGACAAGGAGUUCUGGGACCAGGAGUUCUUCCAGGAGGAGAAGCUGGACGAGGACUACGAGAGCGAGCAGGAGCGGAGCGAGUCGUACGAGGUUGACAGCGAUUUCUGGGAGUCGGAGGACGAUGCUGCGGGCGAGGCGGAGGUGGGGGAGGAGGAGCUCCGGAGGCGCGAACGCAAGGCGAAGCAGAAGAAAGGAGGGCCCCAGCUCAAGAAGUUCAAGAACCUCAACCGCUACAAGCAAGAGGUGGCGGAGGAGGCGGCCGGGAGCAAGAAGCGCAAGCGCGACACGGACGACGAGUCUUCCAAGGGCACUGCGGACACCGGGGAGGGCGAGUCCGGCCAGUCGCGUAGCACCGGCAAGGCGGCUAGCGCAGCCAGCGACGGCGAGAGCGAGAGCGGCAGCGGCUCCGACGACGACGACGACGACGAGUCCGCCCCGAAGUCCAACCGCUACACAAAGACCGGUCGGAUCAAGGGUUUCCGCGCGCUCCAGGCGCUGGGCGAGGUCGACUGGGACCGUCCGUCGCUGCGGCGGACCACGAUGAAGAAGAGUGUGCAGGCGGCGGAGCAGCGGGAGAAGCGCGAGGUGGAGGACCGCGUGCUGGCGGAGAAGCGGCGCGUGCAGAUGGAGAAGGCCAAGGCGAACUACAAGCCGCUGACGAUGAAUGACGUGCUCGCGGACGCCGCCUUCACUGAGCUGGAGAACCAGGCCAGCCUGCAGUACCUGCUCAUGCGCGAGGAGGAGCAGAAGAAGAAGGCCUUCGUCGAGAAGCACAAGAUGCAGGGACCGCACCUGCGGCGGGUGUCGCGGAUCAUCGACGGCAACGCGCAGGUGUGGAUCGAGGCGCGGAACGCGAAGGAGGGGCUGCACCAGGUUGGGCUGGCGGCGUCGGUCGCGCCGCCGAAGCCGCAGAAAGCCAAGUGCGCGAUCACGGGGAAGCCCGCGAAGUACCGCGACCCGCUGUCGGGCCAGCCGUACUGCGACGCGAAGGCGUUCCGCGAGCUGCGCAAGCGUUGGGCCAACAGGCCGAAGACACCCCCCCCGCAGGAGGCGGGCGCCGCGGACGGCGAGGAGGCCGGCGCGCCCGCGGUGCCGGUCCCGGGCGGCGUGUGA